AUGCAAGGCGAAGACCAGCUCUUUGACGCACUGCGCGAAAAGCGCAAUCCUGACGCCACGCGCAUUCUCCAAAAUAUCUACAUCCACGCCAGCCUCCGUGACAGCUCUGAGACGCCGUUGCUGCUACUGGUCGUAGCCACGCAGGAUCUGUCGCUGCUUCAAGCGUUGCUUCCCAAACCCGACCUCGAGAUCGAUGCUAAAGACACGGCGGGUCGCACAGCUCUCACAGUCGCGAUUACCACGGGCAACGUGAAGGCAGCUAUUGCGCUGCUACAAGCGGGCGCAUCCGUCGAUUUCGUUGACAAGAAUCUACGUGCUUCAACACCAGCCUUGGGCGCCGCUUUACGCCAAGCAGCCUCCACCAACGACGACAGCACUGUGGCUCAACUAUUGCGUCUGGGCGUUAGCUGCUCAUUGGCCAACGAGGGAGGCGCGACGGCGUUGCAUAUGGCGGCAGCCCACGGCCACGCGUCCAUCCUCACGACACUGCUUCAAGAAGUGCGUGAUAACGACGGCAUCAACACCCCUAAUCAUAGUCACCCCUUUUUGUCGCUGCUGCCCGGCGGCCAUGCCGACGCUGUCGAGGCCCUUAUCCUUGGCAACGCAAGCAUGCACUGCGUCUCGAAUACUGACGCGACGUUGCUGCACGCGGCCGUCCUUGGCGGCAACACGAGCGUCCUGGACCAACUCUUCUUGUUUUGCAGCGAUGCCAAAGAUGUCUGUGAUGAGAUGGGUCAAACGCCGCUGCAUGUCGCGGCUGCCAAGAAUCUCGUUAAUGCCGUGAAGUACCUCGUCAAGGCCAAGGCCAACGUCGUUGCAACGACAAUAACGGGCAAGACGCCAUUGAUGCUAGCGACCGACCGCCGCGUCAUCGCCAUCUUGCAACAGGCUCAAAGCAAGGGCAAACUGAAGAAAACUCUGCUCUCGGACGCCGAGCUCGACCAACUCGUCGACCGUAUCUGCAGCUCGGAGGUGAUGCUGAACAAACUUGUCGAGCGAAUUUGCAACCGCCUCGACGUCGGCCUCGAAGUUUUGAAGAACUCGGUGGAUCGACCCGAGGGCACUCAAAGCGCAAACGCGCGUGUCCAAGCUGUGUACGUCAACGACGCCAGCCAAGAGCGAACGCUGGUGACCGACGACAGGGAUUCCAACGCUGCGAACGAGGCGGGCGACUCUCCUCUGCAUCUCGCAGUGCAAGCCAACGACCACAAGACGUUGAUGUCGCUUUUGCGAACACCCAGCAUCCAAGUUGACGUCCACAAUGCGGCGGGCGUGACGCCGAUGGUUUUGGCCAUCCAAAUGGGCCACCGACACCUUGCGACGAUGCUUCAGACAGCUGCACAGCGUACCAUCCCCAGCGUGCUGACCACGGUCAUUAAGAUGGACCAAUCUAGUCCAAUCUAUGGCACCAUGUACAGGUGCAACUCGCCGUACGUGCAGGAGCUGCUCGCCGUCUCGGGAGUCGGCACAACAAGUCCCAAGCUCGUGCUCGAGUACAUGGAUGCGGGUGAUUUGCGCAGCUACCUCGACGCCAAGCGACUCGGUGAGCCCACCAAGGUCAACGUCUCACCACUGCAAGUCGCGUGGGUGAUUGCGAAUGCACUCGCCGAUUUACACAACAACAGUGUCUUCCACCACGACCUCGAGAGCUACAAUGUUCUUCUUUCGUCGACCAACUACAUUAAAGUGCUUGCAUUGACGAGCAACUACAGCUUCGCAGCUGACAUUUACUCGUUUGGCGUCAUCUUGACGGAGCUCGACACGCUUCAGAUGCCAUUUCACGAUGUCAAGGGCCUCGGGUACUGGGGAAUCAUUGACGGAGUGCGUCUCGGCAACCUCCGUCCGACAGUAAGCGCCAGCUGUCCGCAGUGGCUGCGAGAUCUCGCCAACGCCUGUCUAUCGUUUGACCCGACGCAGCGUCCGUCAGCGCAAAAGAUUGUCGAGUUGCUUCAGAAUCUGGUCGGGCGCAGCAAAGAAGAAGCGCCAGCUGUCGUCACGCCCGCGUCGUUCCUCGCACCUAAAGUGUCAACGACGGCCUCGAACGGGAAGCUCCUGAGCACGCGCGUCGUGUGCCAGCUCUGCCAAACCUCCAGCUCCCUCCUGCAGACGCACUGCGAAGGCUGCGCGGAAGAGCUCGCUCCAGCCGCAUCCAAGAUCAAGGUCCUUCUAAAGCGUCUCUUGGUGGCCAAGAAGAACGGGCUCGAGACUUACGACGGCCUUGUCGUCUGCGAGGAAGAGCUUCCGACCGACAUCGAGAAGCUGCGCAUUCUCAUUCUGCGCAUCGAGCAAGCCACCAAGUCGACGAAGGUCUGA